CCGCAGUGGCGCGAAUUAACAAGUGGCUUUUCGUCAUUUUGUUAUUAGCUAACUAAACAAGUAUCGUAAAUUUACGUGGAUAUUCUGUCACUAGCGUUCGGAUUGAUAAUUCGGUCCGACAACACACGGUUUACCGUUAGGAUAUCUUCAUUUUGGGGACAUCUUCGCCUGGAGGAAAAAUAAUGUCGGACUCGCUGUCUGAGAACGACAUCAGCCGAGAAGAAUGUCAGGAGGAUGACAUGACCCCGGCCGAUUUAAUCGCCAAACUGGAGGAAGCUUGGCUAAAUGAAAAGUUCUCACCGGAGUUGUUGCCCAACCAGUCAGAAGUGGUGGAGUGUGUCAUGGAGCAACUCGCACACAUGGAAGCAAACCUGCUGAGGGUGAAGAAAGGCGACGCCAAGGCCAGCAUCCACCGCAUGGAGAUUGACCGCAUCCGUUUUGUGCUGUGCAGCUACCUGCGCUCGCGCCUUUUGAAGAUUGAAAAGUUCUUUCCUCAUGUCCUUGAGAGGGAAAAGUCUCGCAGUGAUGGAGAACCGUCUCUGCUGUCACCUGAGGAGUUUGCCUUUGCCAAAGAGUAUGCUGCAAACACAGAAGGCCACAUAAAGUCUGUCGCGCUGAAUCACAUGCCCCCCAUCCUCCAAACACUUGACAUGCUCAAAGCAGUACCGACCCCCUGCCUAGACUCCUUUGUGUUCCUGAGGGUGAAGGAGAGCCAAGAAAACAUCUUAGUAGAGCCCGAAACAGACGAUCAGAGAGAAUACGUCGUGGAUCUUGAAGAGGGCUCUCAGCAUCUCAUGCGCUAUCGAACCAUAGCGCCACUUAUUUCAAGUGGAGCUGUGCAGUUGAUUUAAAUGUCAAGGCUUGUUUCCUUUCAGGGUUCUUUGGCCUCCAACAGGCCAUGAAAAAGCAGCAGGCCGUUUAACAUGUCUGGGCACAAUUCAAAACUCGUGCCCACCGCGUGAUUCGUGACCCACUAAUGGCUCAUACACACGGAGGCCCAUCUAAUCUCUUAAUAUUGAUUCCUGUUGUUGCGUUCGAAUGAUGAAAAGGAUUGGACAGUUUCCUCUGCUGCAUUGAAAGCCUUUCAAGGUAAACUUACCAUGGUGUUUACUAGUCCAAAGUACAAACACGGCACGUUUGUGACAGAUGUUUGUUUUGAAUGGAGUAGUCUGAUGCUGUUAUUUUUCCCUUUGCAGUGCUAUUGCAAAGAUUUACGAUUAGAUUUUUCAUAAUGUUUAGUCUGUAUUAAAAAAGUGACUCCUGCCUAUAUACGGUAUAUGCCUCUUAAUUGAUGAGAACAGCUAGAGAAUCUAUUAUUGUUUAUUUGCUAGGUGUUUUUUUUGUCUAGUGGUUUAGACAUUUUAUUUUAAACAAAUGAAUUGGUGGAAGAAAUACAAACUUCAUCAUGCAUUUCUUUCUUUUUCAAAUCUUUUCACAUACACACACCACUGAGUUGAAUUUACUAUAUUUUUGAGGAGUCACGUGUGGAAUAUGUGUGUUCUUGUCAUUUUUGCCCUCUAAACGCUGCGUUUCCAUGUCUUCCCUGGAACAUAAUUGUUCUAGCAGUCUAGUUAUGUAAUUUGCAACGAGAGCAAUUUCAUCGGGUGCACUCGCUCUAAUUGCCGAAUAAUUAGACCUGAUAAGGGAGCAGUUCUUAUUAAACUCAACUGAAAGCCAUUAUCCUUCUAAUAAAUCAAUGCAAUUAUCCAGUGUGGUCAUAUUAUCGUAUUCAUAAUGGUAAAUGUUUACUCCAAACAAGAAGAUCACUUAUGUGAAUAUAAAAUAUGACUAUAAAUACCAUACUGUACAUGAAUGAUAAUGCCCUCACACCAUUGCCUUCAGAUUCUUCUCACUACCUGCAUAUUUUAAGGUCGUUUAAUUUCCUCUUGCAGUUAACUUGAAAGCUCAGGAUAGCUGCAAUGGAAAUGUUUAUUUUUGUCCGAACGUGUCGGCACGUGUUUGGUUGUUGCUACACACUUUCACCCACUUACUGCAGUCAAGGCUGACAAGUUACAUGACAGACGUGCUGAGAGUGGCUUGUAAUCCUGCGUCACAGAUGCCAACAUAGUCUCACACAACCAUCCCUUCAGGACACGAGCCAGCUAGCAGAGUGCUGCAUUUUACAGAUGACACAUGUUGGCUCCUUUACCACUUCCCCAGCAACUCUUUAGAAGGGGGUCGGUAUGCUACGAUUUAUGAUUGUAUCUUUGAUAUCCUGUUUAAGGUCUAUGUUCUGGAACACUUUGUGCUCAUUAGUAGGGACAUAAAUCACCAAUAUCAUGACAAUACAUUGGACAACGAUGCAAUAUAGGUAUUUGCUGAUAUAGUCCUCCACAACUUGAUUAGAUUCAUGGGCUUUUGAUUGAUUUAACACAAUGAAUUACAUUUCACCUAAAGCAAUAACAAUGUAAAGUAAUUUUAAUGUUUUUGACAAUUCUGUAGAUCAAACAUUUCAUACAAUUGAAUGGGGGGAAAAAACUAUUCUUAACCAAAUGGCAUACUAGAAGAUGUUGAUUGUUGUUUUGUGUUGAUUUGAUUGGAUUGUUGCUUAACCAAUCAAUGUAUCAAUCAAGAUCAAUGUAUUGUUACACCCUUUGCAUUGAAAGCCUAUCAAGGUAAACUUACCUUGGUGUUUACUACUCCAAAGUACAAACAGCACGUUCGUGAUAGAGGGAAUAUAUAAACAUGAAUAAUUGUACGUAUUCAUUCAUUGCUGUUCUGUUACGGUGUAAAAGAAUUGCUCAUUUAAUAUAAAAUUCAACCCCACUUGGCAUUUGACGCCGUUCCCCAGAGAAGCCUUUUUCUCUGAUUCCACCGAUGAUGGAGAGUGAGGCCCAGCAGACUUACAAUUGGACUUCCUAAAAUGAUUCUUUCCUGUCUUAUUGUUCUCAUUUAAUUUGAUACACGUUUUAUCCAGAUUUCUCAUUUUACUUUAUGAAUUGUGUGUCAUCCUCUGUUCACUGAAGAGAAUUAAAAAACCUGUAAAAAGAGAAAAUCGACUUUUUUCUUUAACCAUUACUCUUUAGUAAGACAAUUAAGUUAAAGCCUUUCUCAAAAAUCUUGAAUCUCCUGAAUUUUGAACGAAACUGUCAAUGAACUUUCAACAUUUAUUGGAUGUCUUUAGUAUUAAUCUUAAUUCAUUGGCUCCAAUGAUUGUCCAAUCAAUUUCAACUGUGAGUUCUUGCUGUAAAUGAUCAUGUUUCAGCGCCGCUGACGAUUUAGAUGUACUAUCCAUUUUAAACUGGACGGGGCUGGCUGCUGGCAUCACUGAUCACAUUUUUGCCAUACAAGUAAUGUAGUUGUGAAAAAAAUGUUUGUAAUAAUUCAGUGCUUGUGCAUUGAGUUGACCUAAUAGUGACGACACUGAGCACACGAAUAAAUGACUAUAAAAAUGACUAAACUCAAAUACGAAAUUUAGUCACAGGCAAAGGCUAAACAUUCCAUUCCUCACUUGAAUGCUAGGGCGUAGGUUAUGUCUCAACAUUGGUAGGGACGAUGUUAUCGUAAUGCACAUAAUGCAAACAAUGAUCCAAAUAAGGGACGGCUAGCUUGACUUCGUUGUUACUUGUGGAGGCUGUCCUGACCGCAGUAGUUUUGCAGGUUAGCAAGUUUUAUGUUAUACUAACCAAUGCAGGUGGGACUUUCAGUAGCAAAAUUUGUGGCGUUUCCUCCACUUUCACAACAUUCACACCUUUUUACAUUACUUAAAGUGGCUGCUGCUGGCCCGAAAAAAACUUCUAAUAUCCCUUCUCUCUAAGGGGACGGAGGAGGUGGCAUGUUGUCGACAUGAAUUUGUCAGGAUGUGUGAGUAUGUGGGUGCAUGUGUGCGUCUUUGUGCUGGGACAGGGAGCUUCAAGUCAUCAGCCAACCAAAUAUUCGUUUGAGGGGGGGAAUGGAGCGGGCCAUUCAGCAAGUGAAAAGGGAUAAAUGUAAGUCUGAACAUAAUGAAAAUAAUUCACUUAAUAAUUGUAAGGUCUAUUCUGCCAUUGCAACAUAUGGGAAGACAAUCUAAAUUACCUAUAUAACUGAACUCUUUACAUAAUGCAAAUAAGGGUGCUUAAAAGUUUGUGGGGACAAUUUGAGCGUCCUGAAAAGUUGGUAGUGUUAUGUCCCUACCGUCCCUAUGCAAACCAGUGUUAUGUCCCUACCGCCCCUAUGCAGACCUACACCCUUGCUUGAAUGUAACACCUCAGUGGCAGUUAGUGCAAAA